AUGGUAGAUAUAGCAAGAGCUGAAGGUGAUGACCUUAAUGAUGGUUUAGAAUAUGAUGUGCAGAAUUCAGAAGAUGAAGGAGAGUUGGCCACAUCGUUACAACCUCCGUCGGAACCCGCCAUUAUCAGUGGAGAAACAACAACCAAAUCAGAUCAAGAGUCCAACCAACGAAAACGUAAAAAGGACUUUUCAAACUUUCAAAACAAGAAGAAAAUGAAAAUGGAAUUGGAUAUUCAACAAAAGAGAAACAUGUCACUAGAGCAAAGUCCUGAAGUGAUAGCGGAAUUCAUCAACACCAAAAUCAGUAGGAAACAUGCAAAUCUAUCAGCAUUAGAAUUGAGUGAGUUGUAUUUUACAAAGAAUGAUAUCCGAUCAACUUCUGAAUUUACCAAGCCAAGAACAUUGGAUAACUUGCUGGAUUACAUCAAUCAAAGAUUUAAGAAUAUGCUACCUGGAAAGCAACAACAGCUGACGAAAUCAAAGAGUAAAAAGAAUGCAAAGAAAGGCAAAGAUGUCAAAAAUGACGACGAGAAAGAUGAUCAACAACAAGUUGAAGAAGAUCGCAAAUUCAUAGCCAUUGUAUCCAUGUCAGCGAUACGAGCAUGUGAUGUCCAUCGUGCCACAAAGGAUUUAAAUGGAGGUUCUUUAAAACUCAUCAACAAAAACAAGUUGGAAAUUGAUUUGAAUUUGGUUAAAUCAACACGAUCAAGAGUACUUUGUUGUACACCAGGAAGAUUGCAAAAAGUAUUGAAUAGUCUCGAUUCACAAUUGAAACGAGAUGAAAUCAAGAUUAUUCUUGUUGAUAACUCGUACCUUGACCAAAAAAAGCAGAACAUUUGGGAUAUAAAGGAAACUUUUGAAGUAUUGAAAGAUAUGACAAAAAAUGGCCUGAAGAUUUAUCUCUAUUGA